AACAUCCUUGAUCGUUCACAACUGCCAUUCAUAAAAUUUUUAUAUGUCCACUGAAAGGACUUCCUUGAAAAAUUCCUUGGCUCUUAAAAUAAUUAACUCGUAAAACAGGAAGUGGUGGACUUUUACGUGAGCGCUUGUAUCAACAUGGCUCGAUGAGGGAAAACAUUGCGUUAUUGUCAAUAACAUGGCGGCUUGAAGGAGAAUUGCUUUGUUUUCCACAGGAUAGCGUUUUCAAACGACCAGACUGUGUGGUUUAACGCGUGCUUAGUAUCUCGAAAUGUUUGCUUUGGCGAAAGUGAAGCAGGCUGCAGCUGUGGUGGGACGCCAGUGUUGGAGUGUGAGGAGUCUGAGGGCGUUCAGCACAGGACACUCGUCCUCUCAGCAUGGAGAGGAGGGAAACGACGUGUACGACAUCAUCAUAUCGGGUGGAGGAAUGGUGGGGACUGCUAUGGCAUGCUCGCUAGGCUGUGAUCCGAAUUUGCAAGGCAGAAAGAUUCUUUUACUGGAAGCUGGCCCCAAGAAAGAGAUGGACAAAGUGCCAGAGGUUUACAGCACACGGGUCAGCUCUAUCAGCCCGGGCUCAGCAACACUCCUCAGUGGUCUUGGAGCUUGGGAUCAUAUAGUCAAUCUGAGAUGCAAACCCUAUCAAAAAAUGCAGGUUUGGGAUGCUUGUUCUGACGCCCUGAUCACGUUCGAUAAGGAGAAUCUGCAGGACGAGAUGGCAUACAUUGUAGAGAAUGACGUCAUUGUGGCCGCUCUUACCAAGCAGCUGCAGACACUGUCCGAUCAAGUCAAAGUGCAGUACAGAACGAAGGUGGUGAAGUACACUUGGCCCAGGCCUUUCCAGGUGGCUGACUCCAUCCCUUGGGUCCAGGUGACAUUAGCCAAUGGAUGCACCUUGCAGACAAAGCUACUGAUUGGGGCAGAUGGACCCAACUCCAUGGUACGGAGAGAGGCAGGGAUUCCCACCAUCAAGUGGAAUUAUGACCAGUCUGCUGUGGUGGCAGUUUUACAUUUAUCCGAGCCUACUGAAAACAAUGUGGCGUGGCAGAGGUUCCUCCCAACUGGGCCAAUUGCAAUGUUGCCGUUGUCAGACACACAGAGCUCUCUGGUUUGGUCCACCAGUCAUCACCAUGCAGAGGAUCUCCUUCAGAUGGACGAAGAGAGUUUUGUGGAUGCUAUUAACAAUGCAUUUUGGAGUAAUGAGAACCAGUCUGACCUGGUGGAGGCCGCCGGCUCUUUGUUCCGCCACGCCCUGUCCGUCCUCAUGCCCAAUGGCGCCUCCAGCCGCCAGCUUCCACCCAGCGUGUCGGCUAUUGGCCCUAAGAGCCGGGUCAUGUUCCCUCUGGGAAUGGGCCAUGCCUCCGAGUACAUCCGCCACAGAGUAGCCCUAAUUGGAGAUGCUGCACACAGAGUACACCCUCUGGCAGGCCAAGGUGCCAAUCUAGGAUUUGGGGAUGUGGUCUGUUUGACACAGGUGCUAAGCCAAGCAGCAUUCAAUGGCAAAGACCUUGGCGAGAUGCAGCACCUGUUGGUGUAUGAAACUGAGCGCCAGCGGCACAAUCUACCCAUGAUGGCAGCCGUUGAUCUCAUGAAGAGACUUUACUCCACUAAUGUUGCCCCGCUGGUGCUGCUGAGAACCUUUGGCCUCCAGGCCACUAACGCACUGCCACCUCUCAAAGAGCAGAUUAUUGCAUAUGCCAGCAAGUAAAUGACAUGCAAAGGCUGGGGGGUCAAGAUGGCAUGGAAAUUUUGUCUACAGAAUGUAUGUAAAAGUAUAAAUUAAUAAAUUCUAUUUUAAGUCAUA